UAAUAUAAUUUUUUUCUUAUCAUUGUGUACGAAGGUUCAUCGUUAUAAGUUGUGUACGUCAAAUUAAUAUAAUUUUCUCUAACUCCGCUAAUGCAAAAAACAGUCAAUGUGGAUUUACAAGAUAUUGCUUUUUGCCCAAAUAGCGAGCUCCUUAUCUUUCAACAUGGAUGUAAAAACUCUAUCUUCAUCCAUUUUUAACUUUUCUGCUAAGUUUUGUAAUGAACUAGACAAAAGUAAGAGUGUUGUGUCAUCUCCACUUUCAGCUGAGUUUCUACUGGCUCUUCUUACUUUAGGAUCUGAGGAUCCAGCACAUUCAGAACUACUUACAUCACUGGGUAUUUCUGCUGAUGACCAGAUUCGCUCAUCAUUCAAAUCUCUGUCACAAAACCUUCUCUCCAUCAAAGGAGUUACCCUCAAUGUAGCUAACAAGGUGUAUAUUAAGGAAGGGGACUAUGAUCUCAAUGAGGAUCUUAAGAAGGAUGCAGUCUCGGUGUUCAAUGCUGCCUUUGAAAAAGUUGAUUUUCGGCAGAAUGCAGCUGCAGCUAAUCUCAUCAAUAAAUGGGUAGAAAACCAAACAAACAACAAGAUCAAAGACCUCAUUUCAGCCGACAGUCUCAAUGAUGACACCCGUCUUGUACUUGUGAAUGCAAUUUACUUUAAGGGUACAUGGAAGAAACAAUUUGAUCCUGCAAAUACGAUGGAUCAACCUUUCUUCAUCACAUCCUCAGAGACGGUAGAUAUUCCUAUGAUGUACAAAGAAGAUAACUAUUAUUAUGGAGAAAGUCGGUCUUUGAAUGCUCAGCUUCUACGUUUGGAUUACGUGGGUAAGGAGGCGAGUAUGUUGAUAGUGUUACCAAACGAAGUGGAGGGUCUGAACGGUGUUCUCAGCAAGUUGGCUGAGGGUCACGACUUACUCAAAGAGCUGGACGACAUGCACAACAUCAAGGUCCAAGUCACUAUACCCAAAUUCAAGAUCGAGACCGAAAUCGACUUAGCCGAAUUACUGCCUAAGUUGGGCAUCAAGUCCAUCUUUAAUCAGAGCAACAAUGGAUUGACGAAGAUAUUGAACAAACCAGAGGGCCUGUUCGUGUCGAAGGCUGUACAGAAGGCCUUCAUCGAAGUCAACGAGGAGGGCGCUGAGGCGGCCGCCGCUUCCGGCAUGGUGAUGAUGAUGCGGUGCGCGCCGAUGCCUCCGGUCCGCUUCGACGCCAACAAACCGUUCUUGUUCGUGUUGAUGGACUCCGGCACACCAAUUUUCUACGGCACUCAUCGCAAACGCAGCCUAUAAUAAGAUUCACGGCACAAGUGAAGAAAUAUUAUUUAUAAAAUAGAUAAGGAUAUUGUUGAAAUAAUAUUUAUAUAUAAUAUAUAGUAAUGAUAUUGUCUCGUUAACUUUAAUAAAUGAACCAUAGAACCUAAUAAAUCUUGUGAUCGAAUUUUUAUCACGUGUAUUUUUAAACCGCAUACUAUUACUAGAUUUAAAAUUCGCGAAACACAUGUUCACCGCAUAUGCUUAUGUAUUCGUGUUCACUCACAACUUGUACUGUUGAUGUAAUGAAGAUGCUUUAAAAUUUAAAUUAUUUGUGAACGGAAGAUGUGUUGAGUUAUAGGAAAUUUGUCUUACAGCAAUGAACGUCAUGUUCUGUUCAGCUAUGAUAGACGAACCCCAAGUGAUUCAGUUCACAGCUGACCGUCCGUUCUUCGUGGCCAUCAUCUCCAACGAGACCAUUUACUUCACAGCCACUUACCGCGGAAACUGAACCUCACAUACAACGAACACACCAAACAACACGUCCACAUAACUAAAUGUACUGCAUUUAAAACAUAUAUAUUAUAUAAGCAUAAAUAAGCAAAGAUUUAAUGAUAAAUAUAUUUUGUUAAUAACUGACAAUAAUUAUCCCGCCUUCAUUACGAGCACAUUGUUUCGUGCAAUAUAAUAUAACUUAUAUGUUCAAAUACAAAAAGCAUUUAGGAUUAUUGUAUACUCUUAAUUAAUGAGAUUUUAUUUAUAUAAAUAUAUUUAUACUCACA